CGCGUUCACGGUCGGACCAUCGGCGAUCAGUUGAGUGUUGCCCGUGGUCUCGAGCGGACGACGUCUCUCGCUCUGGUUGGUCUCGUUGUCCUCCUCCUAUCGCGACAUCGUAUCAAUCGCUAGUUUACGCGCGGUUGCUCUAUUUUUUGUGCCCAAUUUAUUAUUGAGUGGUCGUUUCCGAAUUAUCCACCGUCCAAAAGCAAUCAGAUAAGCCAGAGGCGGUCCGGUCUGAAUGUAACCUUCGGCAUUACGGAACAUCCGUGCUAGGAGAGCGCUUACGGGUGGCGAAAUUAGGAGAUCAGUUUGAUCGCGCGAAAGAUCCUUGUGUGAAACGUGAAUAAUUAGUCUGAUUUGCACUAAUUCGUCCGGAUCAUCCGGAGACCUCAUCCCAAGCUUGGUGCUGUGCUACUUGGGAAGCAAUCGAACAAGCGAAGAUCAAGCGGUCGAGAAGAAUCGAGUGGUUGACCUGGGAGCUGGGAGUGAUAAUUGGAGCACUUGUUUGCAAAACGCUUCACGAGUCUAGAGCGAAGCGGUAUCAGCGAAAAAACGGCUACGUGUUCCUUGAUCAACUAUCAACAAAGCCCGAGGUCUACCUCCUCUCAACUCCCCAUGUUCCCGGCUAAUUGUACAACAUGAGUCAGUACUACUUUCCAAUCGUUCUAGUGUUCCUAAUCGAGCUUCUACGGCUGGCCCAGUCCCACCCCUUCGUCUUCAGCGCCUCCGGCCAAAACCAGCGACAAUCGCGAAUCGAAUGGCAACAACCAGAGGACACCUGGGACAUCCAGGCGGUUCCCAGGAGCGUCCAUCCUCUGCUGGAAAACCAACACAAUGACCACCGGUUGCCACCCACCAGUUACCAAAUGAUCGACGCAGACAAUCACGACGACAAACUGCUGAAGCGGUUGAUGGAAAUCAGAGAGAAUGCCACCGCUCGGACGCUGUUCUCCUUCAACAAGGAGGAAUCCCACCUGCCCCCACUGCUCACGAAAACCAUCAAGUACUUCAACCUGCAACAGGUUGCGUUCGAGCUGGAGACGAGCGUAAUGUCGCAAGUUUCCUGUACCGCUUGCAAAGCCGGCGCCGGACUGCUCCAACAUUACAUCCGAACCGGCAAGAGUAAGGAUGAAAUCAUCAAAACCAUCUACCAGUACUGUGUGAACCUUAAAAUACAGUCACCUCGGGUUUGCGAAGGCGUCAGUCAGCUGUUCGGGGUAGAGGUCAUCUACGUCCUGAAGCGGGUAACCAUCGGUCCGGAGGAAAUAUGUAGCUUCAUCAUAGGAGACGCCUGUGGAGACAUCUACAAUCCGUACCACGAGUGGGAAGUUGAUUUUCCACCGGUUGUGAAACCCGAAGUUAAGGAGUUACCAUUGCCGAAGGAAACCGCUCCUGUCUUCAAAGUACUUCACCUUUCGGACACUCACUUCGAUCCGUACUACGCCGAAGGAUCCAAUGCGGACUGCAACGAACCGUUGUGCUGUCGGUUGACCAAUGGUCGCCCAACCACACCCAACGGUGCCGCAGGCAAAUGGGGGGACUACCGUAAGUGUGACACACCGCAACGCACAGUGGAUCAUAUGUUGAAUCACAUCGCCGAUACGCACUCCGAUAUCGACUUCAUCAUCUGGACCGGUGAUUUGCCGCCGCACGACGUCUGGAAUCAAACCAAGGAGGAAAACCUCAAGGUGCUCAAAGAGACGGUCAAGCAAAUGUCCGAGAAGUUCCCCGGUAUUCCCAUUUUCCCAGCCCUAGGGAAUCACGAAAGCGCUCCGGUCAAUAGCUUCCCCCCACCGUACGUGCAACAGGUCGACAGCUCGAUCGCGUGGCUGUACGACGAGCUGGACAUCCAGUGGCGCCGGUGGCUUCCGGCUAGCGUAUCACACACAGUCCGCCGAGGGGCCUUCUAUUCGGUGCUUGUGCGGCCCGGUUACCGAAUAAUCUCGCUCAACAUGAACUACUGCAACAACAAAAACUGGUGGCUGCUGCUGAACUCAACCGAUCCGGCAACCGAGCUGCAGUGGUUCAUCUACGAGCUGCAGAGUGCGGAAUUCGCGAACGAAAAGGUCCACGUGAUCGGACACAUUCCACCGGGCCACUCGGACUGUUUGAAGGUGUGGAGCAGAAACUACUACAAGAUUGUGUCCCGAUACGAGAGUAUAAUCGUGGCGCAGUUCUUCGGACAUACACACUUCGACGAGUUCGAAGUGUUCUACGAUCCGCACGAUCUGAGUAGAGCUACCAGCAUUGCGUACAUCGGACCAUCGGUAACUCCAUACAAUGACUUGAACCCGGGCUAUCGGAUUUAUUACAUCGAUGGAGAUCACCCGGAUACCACAAGGUUGGUAGUGGAUCAUGAGUCGUGGAUCAUGAACUUGAAGGAAGCCAAUCUGUACGAUUACCCAAUCUGGUACAAGUUGUACUCGACCCGGGCAGCGUACGCGAUGCGAGGUCUUCGGCCUGCCGAUUGGGACGUGCUGGUCAGCAACAUGACUGAUAACAAGGAGUUGUUCGAUUUGUACUACAAACACUACUGGAAAAAUUCCCCUGUCCGGCCACAAUGUGACUACGAAUGUCGGAAGCGGAUACUGUGCGACGCCAAGAGCGGUCGAAGUCACGAUCGAAAGUACUUCUGCGAGGAUGUGGAGGCCAAGAUCGACGAAAGCAACAAGGGCUGGAAGGAUUGGAUAUUCAGUUCGAUAACUUCUUCGAUAUCUUAUGCUCUGUCAGGGAUAACGCGAAUUUUUUGGCGCAAACGAUGACGUACCGGAAGUGUUCGUUGAAUAGCACCAUCAUCCACCAGCAGAAAGACGAGAAACGCCAGCAUUACCUCCUUAUUGAUAUUAGAAAACAAACACAAGCCAGAACCUCAUCAUACUAUGAAACAGCAAUGGAAAACAGUUCACCACAUUGAAAAAAAGAAUCUUCAACCGAGGUAAACAAGGCGCAGAGAUACCUAUAGCCCAACAAAUCAUUGCCAUUGCCGGAUAGUGUUCAUCGAGUCUUGAAGAUAAUUACUAGACAGAGGAGAAAAAGAUUGUGAUAAGUGUGAGAAAACGGAGAGCAGAUUCCAAAUGCACUCUAAUGCGAGUGAAAAAGAACAGUUACUGUUGAUCCAAAAUCCCAUUAUACAUCAGUGUUUUUAAUGUGGAAACAACAAAGUCAGCUACGAACAAAACAAUGUAUCCAUCAAAUAUGACUGUAAAUACAUCAUCUGAA